CACUUGAGUCGUGCAACAGUCAGAAAAGUAGUGUUGGAGCUGCGUGAUUUCUUGCGUCCUCGCCGUCAUGGAGUCCGCGAAGAGAAAGCGCUGCCCCCGCUCGGUGUUGUGCUGUGUGUUUGUGCUGUGUACGCAGCUGCAGGUGACUUUGACGGGAGACUGCCCAGCAGACGGACGCACCUGGGUGCCGUUUCAGGACAAAUGCUACCACUUUGUCCACGGAGAGGAAGACAAAAUCAAAUCCUACACUUUUCAGAGAGCAAAAACCCUCUGCCAAGGAUUUGAGCUUUUGACCGUCCAGAGUGCGGAGGAGAAUGACUUUGUCAUUAAAUAUAGCCCAGCGGUGUGGAAAGGCAUUGUCAACGUGUGGUUGGGAAUGUAUUAUGACACGAACAAUGACGAGAUGAGGUGGCUUGGCGAAGACCCGGUGCGAUUCACUAACUGGGAGGACAGCUCUUCUCCGUCCGACCUCGUGCCUUUGGAUACAUGUGUGGCUCUGCACAGCAACACAGGGAAGUGGGAAAAUGUCAGUUGCCUGGAUGACGUAGAGAAUGGCGUGAUCUGCGAGACGGAUCAGACUGAGGAAGCCAAGCGGAAGCCCAGCGCGCUGCUGUCCGCCCUGGUCAUUCUCAGCGUGGUGGCUAUCGUGGGAGUCUCUGCCGUUGUUUGGUUCCUGCACCAGAAGCACAGUCCUGGCUCCAGCAUCUUCACUGCGUUCGAGUACCACCCUCCGUUCCGAGUCCUGGAAACGGACCGGUCCUGCCUGGUGGAGGCUGAGGAGACUGACAGUGUGCCAUAGGAGAACUUUCUCUCUCUUCCACAGUAGAAAGCAUCUGGCCCUCCUCACUGGGUGGUGUGGGUUCAUGCAAAGAUAAGUCCACUCUAAAAACAAACAACAAAAACCACUAACUGAAGUAGUUUUGGGUUAACACGCUUCAAUGCCAUGAUUCAGAAUAAUGUAGUGUGAUUGUGUGACGACUGACACCAGGCUUACUCUGGUACUAACUUCUCACUGUGGCACAUAAACUAAAACUAAAACUAAAUCUCACUACUUCUGCUUUUUUGUCAUUUGCGCUAACAUAGAAUCACGUCUACGUUUCUGAGAUUGGUGCAUUUUCAUCCGCAAUCUGUGAUUUGAUGUAACAUCAGCUUAUUAUCAGGCACUAUACUUUUCUUUUGUGAUCAUUAUUUCUGUCCUGCAUAUUAAACGUAACUUACUCUUGCGUAUUGAAAGAAAAUUGAAUGAAUAUACUUUUCCAGAGCAGACAGACAUUUUCCCGUAGAGCGCUACUCCUGAGAUUUAGUAUUGCAUUCCCAUAAACUAACAAGAGGGAGAUUGAACGAAGAAUGGUCAGUUGGUGCAGCGGAGACUCGGGCAUCCUAAAGUUCAGUCUCCAAAAGUGCUGGAUUCUGCAUUUCACAUGAUGCAACCAAUCUCAUGUUUCCAUUAGAAGCUGCCUGCCUGGUUAAUGCUGCACACCCCCAGUUUGUAACACAGGCUCUCUGUUACAAAUGUGUAAAUAUCCCUGACGAACAUCAUCAAGGGUUAUUUUCUCAGACUUUAAAAACCCUCAGUAGAAAUGAUUAAACAGCCACGACGAGUAAACUGACCUUUUUAGCAUGUGUAAAAUCAGUGGAGUGUCCCUUUUUAAGCAGUAUUCGGAGACACGGGAAUUCUCAUAUCACAAGCUAUCAAGGGCACAUGUAAAUAGAUAGAGUAUGAGCAAUUACCCUGUUACUCCACUCGUUAAAUGAAGUAAAUUUGCACAGUCCGUUAAAGAGAUUCUUUUCCAGGUAAUAUAUGUUGAAAUGGAAAGCCGUCCUAAGCGAUCUCCCUGCAUUCUGUGAGUUUUUCUUGUGACCAGGUGUUAGACUGGCCCAAAUGUGGCCUAUAAAGCCAACAUUUGAUUAAAAAAAAAAAAAAAAAACAGAUGAAACUGUCUUCAUUCAUUCCAGGAUAUUUUCAAGGUGGCUGUAGUGAAAAUUUCCUACACUCACAGUUCAUCUGCCCUUAUUGUAUUUUUUACCUGGUCAAAAGAUACUGUAUGUAUUUUUAUGCAGUCUCGGCAGAGUGGUCAAGGUUUUAUCUAUGGAAAUAAGAAAUUGCGACAUUAACGACAAUCAAGAUUUGUAAUGUUUGCAUUGCAGAAUGAUAACAAUAAACCUUUUUACAUUGUGUAAAAUAAACCCUCUUAAAACUGUCAUACACUUUGAACAGCAUGAAUGCUUUUGUGCAAUAUUUAAGAUUGAUUUGGCAAGAUUUGAGCCCUCGUGCGUUUUUCAUAAUAAAUAAAAUAUGUUUGACUAUAAGACAGGCUUUCACUUUUAUUGAACUGAUCUGAGCAGAAAGUUGCAUUAGGCAGGAACAAGAAGUAUUUCUUGUA